ACUGUCAAAAAUCUGAGCUGCCAUUGACAAACUAAUUAGAAUAUUAGAUGUAACAAUUAUAGAGUUGUUAUUUGUUAUUAUUAUUUACUUUUUUUAUGUAUUUAUUAAAAGAAAAGAUUGCGUUAUUAUUUUUGUCUAGAACAGAAGUAAUGAUGAUUAGAGAAAAAAACGUGUAAGUUGAUUUGAGGUUCAGUUUUAAAGUAAUGGUGUAGUGGUUACUCAUUGUCCUUAAGUGACUUAAUUAACAAGCCGUUUAGGUUUCAGACAGGGUUUACUGACUUACUGUGCUGUUUAUUUAUAAAAUUCAAAGUAUUUUUAUAAGUAAUUACAUGUAAUAGAUAGUAAUUGCUGGUAACAAUUGUAAUUGACAGAUAUGCAUUUAUCCUAGAGUAUUAAAAAAAAUUUUAUCUCAAGCUUAUCAUAUUGUUAGAAAAAAUUACAAUGUCAAGCUCUAAGUUGAAUGAUAGAGGAAGUGGCCAUUCUUCUAGAGACAUUGUGGAGUUGAACAAUGUGAUUCCAUUGAAUGAAACAAGUGAGAAUUAUUCUAUAGACUUAAACAGAGUUGAAAAACUAGAUAACAAUGUGCAAUAUGAUCGAAGUUCUUUGAACAAAGGCAAAGAAAUAGACAAUGAAGAAUUGGAAAGUAGUGAGACAGCUGAUUUAAUUUAUUCCUAUACAACACUAAGGUUACCUAAAAAAUCUAUAGAAGAAAUGGAAGAGCAAAUAGAAACAAUUGCUAGCCACAUAGAGCGUAAAGGCAAGCUCAUGCAAGAUGAUCCAGUAUCAGAAGCAAUGCGAUUAGAUUUAAUAAGAAAUAUGCCGCAAGGCUUAACUUUGAAAAGAUCUGUUAAAGCAAAGUUAACGCUAUCUGUUAGUCAAAAAUCAAAGAAAAGACCAAUUAGUUUUUGGAAGAAGUUGUAUUAUAGAUGGAGCAUGUCAUUGACAAAGACAAAAUUAGCUUUUCACCAAAUUGGUUUUCAAUUAGAACUCUGGUAUCACCCAAUGAAAAGAAUUGAAGGACACUUUGGCAGUGGAAUAGCAACUUACUUUAAAUUUCUAAGAUAUUUAUUCAUUAUUAAUACACUCAGUUGUAUUGUCAGUAUUCUUUUUAUUACUGUGCCACAGGCACUAAUUCAGUCUCACAAGAAUGGAACUUUUAGCUCAUGGGACUUAUUGCUCGGAAAUGGCUUUUUUACCAACAGUAUUUUGUAUUAUGGUUUUUAUGCUAAUCGCACUCUAAUAGUUGACUCAAAUAUGACUUACGACAUACCCUCAGCUUACUUUUCUACAUUUGCUUUCUGUUACAUCUUCGUCUUUAUUUUAUUAUUUUUUAAAGUGGCAAGAUCGUACAAAAAAUGUUAUAUCGAGACAUCGGGUGGUGCGUAUAAUCGUUACGCUAAGAAAAUAUUUUGCAGUUGGGACUGGGGAAUCUCAUCAUACAAGGCAGCUAAUUUACGUUCAGCAUCGCUCUACCGUGAGCUGGAAGAAUUGUUAUGGGAAUCUAAAAAUGUGUAUGUGUCAUCAACGUCAACAAAAAUCUUGACUUUUCUUAUACGCAUUGCCAUGACGUCACUUGUGAUUACAAUUAUCUGUGGGACUGGUAUUCUCUUGUGGUUGCUGCUCAACGAGCACUAUCAUAAUCAACAAGACGUUUUAUCUGUUUUAACCAUACCUUUAGUUAUGACUGGAAUUGUUAAUUUCAUCCCGCCAAUCUUAUCUUGGGCAAUAAAAUACGAGAAGUAUUCAAAAGACCGCAUAGCAAUGUACAUCACUUUGAUUCGUGUGUAUUUAAUCGCCGCAACAGCAGUGGCUACUUUAUACACCUUUUGGUUAACACGCGGAAUUGAAUCGGAAUGCUGGCCAACCCGAUUAUCCCAAGAAAUUUAUCGUCUUAUCCUCCUAGAUUUCUUCGUUUCUAUAUUCGGUUCAUUCGUCGUUCAAGGUUUACGUGCAACACCUUGUAUCAAAAGAAAAUUUGGUGCGCCAACUUUCGACAUCGCCAGGAAUACUCUGAAUCUCGUAUACAAUCAAAGUUUAUUCUGGCUUGUACAUUACUUCAGUCCAUCUAUGUCACUGAUUAUCUUGGUAAAGAUGUUGCUGACAUUUUACAUGAAGAAACGCGAGUUGCUAAGCUUCUGCGAACCACCAUCGAAAUUCUGGCGAGCUGCUCAAACGCAAACACUCUCGUUGGCAAUGGCUUUUCUUGGGAUGAUAAGUGCUGUUGUUGUACAUAGUUACGUGCUAAUAUACGUUAAUACCAGGAGUUGUGGACCCUUCUCUGGAUGGGAUUAUAUUUGGGAAUUCGCUAUCGAGAGGAUGUUGAAUGUCAAUCGGAAUAGUCAGUUCUGGCAUAUACUCGGAGAAAUUUGUAAUCCGGGAACUGGCAUUGCUUUGCUUUUUGCAUUAUGUUUAGCUGUGUACUAUUUGAGAGCAAAAGCUGAAGCUUCUAAGCAAAUGGUGCGAAUUCUACGGGAAAUGCUACAAUGGCAAGCUCGUGAUAAAAAAUUUCUAUUAAAAACUUUUAAUACUGCUAGUAACAAGCGCUUACCACAUAAUCGACGAGCUUCCAGAUUACACGAAGAGUUACAAACCACUACUAAUUAUCAGGAGUGUGCUUAUCCAAAUGAACCAUCAACCAGCACCUUUUCCUAGUAUUAUUAAAUGAUUAACAAAUGUAAUGUGACAAUUUGAAUAAGACUGCAUGUUCGAAAACUGUGCCAAAUGUUAGAGAAAAAUGUUAUUUUUAUAAAUAUUUUAUAAAAUUACAUAUAUAUAUAUAUAUCAAUAAAUCAAUUCA